AUCUAUGUAUCAAUUUUACUUUGUAAAAAUUUACUUUUUUUGUUUGUUUGUUUGUUUUAAAAAAGAUACUGCAGUAAAAUAAUCCUUCACUUAUUAACAAUUGGAAAUGGAAAGAACGAAUCAAACCCGGAUGACUGCUGUUGACUAUUUGCUUGUUCUGUAUACGUUUGAUGUAGCCAGUGUGAUCCUGUGAGUGAGUGAGUGUCGUGUGGUGUGGCGCCCCCCUUUGGUGAUGUUCCGCAUCCGUCGCCCCCUCUGUGUCCAUCCCAGCAGUAGAAGAAACAGCAGCGUUGGCGAGCUGCAGCAUCUUCUCGACAAUGGACAGCUGCUAGACGUUAACACCGGCAGCGGCUCACUCCUUUCCUCGCCCCGGUGGAUCUCGGGUUUAUCAUGAAGUGUUGUCGCCCGUGGGUGGCCGUGUGCCUCCUUCUCCUCCUCACCACCGGCCGUCGCUUCAGUGCGGCCGCCCGACACGGUUGCUUGUUUGAGAAGAAGCUUUGUCCCAGAGAACAGCUGUGCAGUGAUGAUGGUUUGUUUGGACAGUGUUGGGCUCCUCACCACGAUCCAGUCCAGUACCUGGUGUCUGUACCUGCUCUGUAUAAGCUGCAGGAGGUUCUUAAAGACCUGAUGGAACAAGGUCUGACCUGGAGGGAUGACGUUACCCAAGCAGCAAUUGGACGAGAGUUGAGUUACAUUCCCUCUAUUACCUCCUCACAGCUUCACCAGCGCAAAUGGCUGCUCAGUAAACUAAGGAUUCCGAGACCAGAGGAAACCGUUGACCCACAAAUGAUCCAACAGUACAUAGAAUACCUGACACUCGACCCUUCUCCAUCCUCCAUACAUGGGCAGGUGGCCCCGCUGGAUCCGUACAGCUAUCAGCAGGAUGAGGCUAAACGAUCCCUCAACUCCCUGGAAAAUAAUCCAACCUCCACCUUCCUCCGCUUGUCCCCCCCGCGCUCCAGAUCCAGAGAAAAGGCUCUGGACAGAGACAAGCACCUUCUCCAGAACUUGGUGUCCUAUUACCUCUCCUCUACAUCUUACUCUUCCUCCUCCCCCUCCCCCUCCCCCUCCGCCCCCGUCCACGCUGCUUCCCGCCACAGGGGGGCACCUGCAGCGUCAUUCCCAUUAGCCUCCUCCUUCACAGAACUUGACUUUCCGCUUGACUACGACCAAGACUAUGCUUCCCAAGUUGAACAUCUUAGCAAUCAGCUGGAGAACAAGGUGGUGCCAAAGUAUGACGCUCUGGCAGGACUGGACGCACGCUCUGUGCAGCGUCUGGAUCAGCUGCUGGACCACUACGGCCUGGAUAUCCAGGAUUUGUCCCCCGAGCAGAGAGACAAACUGCCGGCUUUGCUCAAGCAGCUUCAGCUGGAGAGCUCCUUCAGCCACAAAGCCUCUAAAGAAAACUAUGGAAACAAUGUUGGCUCAGGGAAGAAGAUCACAGAGGGUUUCAUGGACCACAAGAUGGCCGCCCCAGACGGUCUGCCAAUAAUGAAGUCCUCUAAACCAGUGGACGUCCAAAAGGCUACAAGCUCUGCUGUGGUUGCUAAACUGGGAAAGAACAAACCUGAAGAUGUAUUGGCCCCAGUGAUCACCUAUGAGACAAGCCCAAACCUUUCAGAGAAAGAAGUUGCAGAUAAGAGCAUCCUGGAACAUGAGACAAGCCUGAAGGUUCUACAGAACAUGGAAGGCCAGCAAGUGAAGAAUGACGGCAAAGCAUUGCCACUGGCUACUCAAGUCCAACGUGGCUCUCGCUGGCUUUCCUCUACCCUGGUGGCUUUCGCUUGCAUUGGUGGCAUCUUGGUGGCGGCCCUGAGCGUCAUCUGCCUGCGUCACCACGCCCACCGAUUGGCAGCCAAGAAGCUGGGCCUGGGGGCCGAGGGUGGAAGUUUCAGCCAUCAGGAGUACCAGGACCUGUGUCGCCAGCAUAUGGCGUCCAAAGGUGCCUUCGGACGCCUGGAAGCCGCCGCCCUGGGGGCCGUGGGGGGGCCGAACGGAGGAGGAGCAGCUGGUGCCGGGAAGGGGGCCGGAGCAGUAGGGGGCGCUGACUCAAGAGUGAGCAGCGUGUCGUCCCAGUUCAGUGACGGAGCCCAACCCAGUCCCAGCUCUCACAGCAGCACGCCGUCCUGGUGCGAGGAGCCGGCACAGGCCAACAUGGACAUCUCCACUGGGCACAUGAUUCUGGCAUACAUGGAGGACCACCUGAGAAACAAAGACCGACUGUUGAAGGAGUGGGAGGCUCUCUGUUCCUACCAGGCGGAGCCCAGCAGCGUUUCUGUGGCUCAGAGUGAGCCUAACACCAAGAAGAACCGCUUUCACCACUCCGUGCCCUAUGAUCACGCCAGGGUGAAGCUUAAACCAGAGAUUAACCCUUCUCGGUCCGACUACAUCAACGCCAGUACCAUAAUUGAACACGACCCUCGGAUGCCGGCCUAUAUCGCCACCCAGGGCCCCUUGUCCCAUACCAUCUCUGACUUCUGGCAGAUGGUGUGGGAGACUGGUUGCACGGUGAUCGUCAUGAUGACAGCUCUGGUGGAAGAGGGAGAGAAACAAUGUGACCGCUACUGGCCAGAUGAGGGCUCCUCGCUCUACCAUAUCUACGAGGUGAACCUGGUGUCCGAGCACAUCUGGUGCAACGACUUCCUGGUGCGAAGUUUCUACCUGAAGAAUGUUCAGACGCAGGAGACCCGAACCCUCACUCAGUUCCACUUCCUCAGCUGGCCGGCUCAUGGGAUCCCCACCUCCACACGUCCUCUACUGGACUUCCGCAGGAAGGUGAAUAAAUGCUACAGAGGACGCUCAUGCCCCAUCAUCGUCCACUGCAGUAACGGAACAGGCCGGACUGGUACUUACAUCCUGAUUGACAUGGCUCUAAAUCGUAUGGCUAAAGGUGUGAAGGAAAUCGACAUUGCUGCGACACUGGAGCACAUUCGUGACCAGAGGCCUGGGAUGGUUCGCACGAAGGACCAGUUUGAAUUUGCCCUGACUGCUGUGGCUGAGGAGGUGAACGCCAUCCUUAAAGCUCUGCCUCAGUAAAGCGGUACUUGACCACAAUCUGAAGACCCCUGACCUCCUUUCUCUCUUGACUACCUUUUGCCUUGCAAGUUAACAGUGAUGUCACGCCAUGAAAAUAAAACAGUCUGUAAGUGUAACCUUUGGGGAGGAUUUGUACAGGCACAAAGCCGUAUGUCAUGUUGAAUUAUUUGUAGCAUAAUAUUUGCCACAUAUAAUAGCACAUCUGCAUGAGUAAUCUUAGAAAAACUACACUACAUAUACUCUUUUAAAGGUCCUGUAUUUUGGCUAUUUAGACCGCCGUAGACUGACACUCUAACAUGGAUGAAAGUGUCAAUUUAAUUUUUAAAAAAACACCAUGGUUUUGUCAUACGAGUGUCCAAAAAAGGCCCCUCUGACAGCUACUUCUGUUUGACCCAGUUUUGUAGCUGCUGUGUCCAUAUUUGGCUAAGACCGCCCCCUUUCCUCUGAUUGGUUUCCUCCGUGCAGAAGACCCACUUGUGAGAGCGCACGUGUUUAUGUUGACAGCCCUGACUCGGGAGCGGAAAGGGAAGGCAGACGUAUUAGCUAGUGAUGCAGAUAAACUCAAGAAAUUCAAAUGACCUGAUUUCAAGCCUCUCGUCAUAAAAACGUCUGAAACUCAGGUAUGGAUGGGCGAUUUUAAUUAUUUACUGAGGCACCAUAGAGACAAUAUUACAUCCAAAAUACUCGAAAAAGUUGGUUUGGCAAAAUAUGGGACCAUUAAGAUGCCAUGUCCCUACCUGCUACUUACUCAUGUAACUUUCCCCCCUACCCUUUUGGAUGUGCCGGUGUUUAAGUUACAAUUCCAGUAUCACUCGUACCUGCACAAAUCCAGCCUGAAGAUCCUGUGACAGUUUUCUUGUGGGAGCCUCAAGCCAAUUCCUUUCAGCUUUUGCCCAUGUGGUGGUCUGUUGUAAAUUGUGCCAAUGAAUAGAUCAUGUUUAUGUCUCAGGAAGUGGAUGUUGGACUCAGCAAAGUUUUGAAAAAUGGAUCUACUUCAUAUAAUUUACUACUCCGGUAAAGUAUAUGAUUAGCGAGUUGAUACUGGUCUGAGUAUUAUUGAUACCACCCAUGACAUCUGCAGAUCUGUCAUUUUCUGUGUGCCAUUAAACUGGUUAUAUUGUCGUAUACCUCAUGCAAUUUAGAAAAUGAAAAAAAAGAGAAAUACUAGUCAAUGAGAAAAUAUUUUA